ACCUUUAAGGCGCAAAUUAAAGACAUACCGCAUUUAGUGCGCCUACAAAGAUCUCGAGCAGCAUUUUAAAAUAAAGCGCAGUAGAUUUGAGUAGCGCAAUCAAAUAAUAAUGCUCUAGUUGGUGCGUGCACGUUUUUUUCGAUGUUGCACAAAAUCGCAAGGCUGUUAAAAAGAAUUGAAUUGACGGAAUUUCAUUUACGCCUUCGGCACUAUUGGUGCAACAUGGACUCCAUUGAACUCUUACCCCCUCCAGCUGUGCGAGGCAUGAAAAUUCUUGAGCGCGACCACUUCAAAAAACAUGUGCCAAUCCCCAGGCUGCAUGUGCCAGAAAACAAGGCGCAACGUGUGUUACCAUUGGUAAAAAAGUUGUUGCUUAAAAUGGAACACCUACAGCCGGUGCGGGCCGUUGAAGACGGGCGCGAAAUACUUUUACAUCCUCUGCCCGUGAAAGCCUGGGAAUCGCUGCCAACGCAAGAGUUGGAAAAGCUUCAAGUUACCGAGUCCAAUUUCAUUGUAUCAGAACUGCAGCUGGGCUACGAAAAUUGGAACGCAAAUGAAAUACUUAAAAGCGUGCUACCUGCCAAUGAGGAUGGACUAACGUCCUACUCGCGCAUUGGACACAUUGUUCAUUUAAACCUGCGCGAUCAUCUACUGCCCUACAAACAGCUCAUUGGCGAGGUCUUGCUCGACAAGGUACCCAACUGCCGGACAGUGGUAAAUAAGGCGGCAACUAUAGACAAUACCUAUCGAAAUUUUCAACUGGAACUGAUAUCCGGCGAAGCCGACUACCAGGUUGAAACUAAAGAGAAUGGAGUGCCUUUUGAGUUUGACUUUUCCAAGGUGUAUUGGAAUCCAAGGCUCUCCACCGAGCAUGAGCGCAUUGUUAAGCUGCUGCAGGAAAAUGAUGUGCUAUACGAUGUCUUUGCGGGCGUUGGUCCAUUCAGUGUUCCAGCAGCGAAAAAACGCUGUCAUGUACUGGCCAACGAUUUGAAUCCUGUAAGUUUUCAUUGGCUACGGCAUAAUGGCAAACGUAACAAAUGUCUGACCCAUUUAAAAAUGUACAAUAAGGAUGGGCGUCAGUUUAUUUUGGAAGAUGUACGCCAGGAUUUAUUGCUGCAUUGGCGUACGCCUUCGGAAUCAAAGUAUAGUAUACACAUUACAAUGAAUCUGCCAGCAUUGGCUGUUGAAUUUCUAGACGCAUUUCGUGGUCUAUAUACAGCCGAGGACUUAACUGAUUUACCAGAAACCGUAAUUUACCCCACUGUGCAUGUUUACUCGUUUGCCAAGGGGGAAAAUACAAAGGCAUUGGUACGGCAGCUGGUGGAAGACAAUCUGGGAGCACCUUUGGGCAAUGAAUUGGAGAGCAUAAGCUUCGUGCGCAAUGUUGCGCCCAAUAAGGACAUGUAUCGUGUUUCUUUUAAUCUUACGAAAGAUCUACUAUUAACACCAAAAUCCGUACCGUCCCGAAAGCGAAUUGCGACUGAAGAUAUCGAAAACGUAGUCGACAAAGUUAAAUGUGUUUAAAUAUGCAUAAUAAAGAUUUUAAUUUACAAUCGAA